AUGCUAAUUAUAAUUUUAAUAUUAGGAAGCAUAAAUGCUUCAUGCAUAGAUAGAAGAAUAGAACAAUGUUUAGUAUUAAACUAAAGUGAUGAAGAAUAAUGUUAGAUCUCUUCUGGUGAAUGUUCAUCUAGAUCAGACUUAUGUGAUGAGAUAGAUGCUUCAUAUCCUUUGAAUUGUAAUACAUCCUAAUGUUACUAUGAGAAAUAUUUAAAUAGAUGCAUGGUAAUGUUAAUAGAUUAUAGUAGGACAUAAAGAAAUCUCGAAUUCUUGAAGAGAUAGCAGAAAGAGGAGGUGGUGGAAGAGGAGGCAAUAAUGGAGGUAGAGGAGGAGAUAAUGAUGUUAGAAAUGGACAUCAUCAUAAUGAAGAUUCUCAUCAGCAAGAAUAAAAUCGACCAUCAGUAUUGAUAUACAUUUUUUUUAAUAGACAUAAUAAUAACCAUCCUAGCCAUAUUAACCAUAUUAGCCAUAAUAACCUUACUAGCCAUAAUAACCAUAUUAACCAUAAUAACCAUAUUAACCAUAAUAACCAUAUUAGCCUUAAUAACCAUAACAACCACAACAACCAUAAUAGCCAUAAUAACCAUAAUAACCAUAAUAACCAUAAUAGCCAUAAUAACCAUAAUAACCAUAAUAACCAUAAUAGCCAUAAUAGCCAUAAUAACCAUAAUAACCAUAAUAACCAUAAUCUCCUCCUUAUCCAUAAUAACCUUAAUAACCAUUUAAUCCAGAAUAAUAACCAUAAGAACCACAUUAAACUGAUCCUAAUAUAAAUGGAAAGUAAAUUUAUAUUUUUUAAUAAGUUAAAAUGUCAAUUAAGAUAGUAAUGGAUAAACCAUCAAUAAUUCCCAAUAAGAUGAUGAUGAUUCAAGUUAAGGUAAAUACAUUAUUAAUUAAUUAAGAAUCUUAAAACAUGUAGAAUGAGAAUAAUGAAAAUUCAGAAAGUAAAUAUGAAAAUAAUAUUGAUUGUAGUUGCUAGUUUGAAUAAUUUAAGGAUUGAAAAAUCAAUUUAGGAAGAUAUUAGACAUAAAAUCUAAGAAGCUGAAAAUGAGAAGUAGAUAGAGAUAAAGAAUUAUUAAGGAAUUGGUUUAAUUUUAUCAUUUGCUUUAAUGAUAAUUUGGAUAUGAUCAUUAUUU